AUGCCAGCUAAUACACCUAUCCCUUCUAUACCAGGAGAAGAAUUGACUGAUCCAACGAUAAAGUCAUUCCUGAUUCAGAGAGUAGCAGAUUUAUGUCAGUUAUCUUCAACUAAAUUUCCAGGUUCACAACCGGUUUCAUUCCAGUCUUCUUCUCUAGAUUUAUUGGAAAGUAAAGAUUUUUGGGUAUGUGAGAAAUCAGAUGGUGUGAGGAUAUUGGUUUUCAUAGUUAUGAAUUCAAUGACCAAUAAUCAGGAAGUAUGGUUGAUCGAUAGGAAAGAACGUUAUUUCAGUGUGCAGGAUCUACAUUUCCCUCAUUGGGAGAAUCGAACAAACCCAUUAGGAGAGACUAUCUUAGAUGGUGAAUUAGUCAUUGACAUUGAUCCCAAAACUGGUACAGAAACACUUCGUUUCUACGCUUUUGACUGUUUAGUACUGCACGGUGAAAACAUAAUGAAGAAACCACUGUUAUCAAGAUAUGGUAGAUUGAAGAACUGGGUGAUAACACCUUUUCAUACUUCACUUCAAGAGUACCCCGAAUGGAAAGAUGCUUUACCGUUCGAAGUCGUAGCGAAGAAACAGGAAUUAUCAUAUCAUGUAGCUCACGUAUUGAAAGAACAUAUACCGAAACUACAACACGGUCAUGAUGGAUUGAUAUUCACUUGUUGUGAAAGUGAAUAUGUCCCUGGAACAGAUGAGAAGAUUUUGAAAUGGAAACCACCUUCUGAAAAUUCGAUUGAUUUCAAACUUGAACUAAGGUUCCCACCCUCGAUAUCGAAUCAUGAAGAACCUGAUUUUUACGCUAAACCUGAAUUCUUAUUACAUACAUGGAUGGGUAGUGAUAAUUAUGAUUUCUUCGAUUUUAUGGGAAUGGAAGAUGAUGAAUGGGAAAAAUUCAAGGAAUCAGGUGAACAAUUGGAUGAUCGUAUAGUCGAGGUCACGUGGGAUUCAGAUCAUGGGUAUUGGAAGAUUUUAAGAAUAAGAGAUGAUAAAAAUAAUGGAAAUCAUAAAAGUAUUGUAGAUAAGAUAAUGAUUAGUAUAGAAGACGGAGUGGAGAUAGAUGCGCUACUCAAGCGAUCAGAACCAAUUCGAGCGGCAUGGAAAGCUCGUGAGCAAGCCAAGAAAUCAGGUCAACCUCCUCCAGCUCCAGCUCCAGCUCCAGCUCCAGCUCCAGCUCAACGUCGUCCACCACAGCCUCAAGCACAGUCGCAGCCGCCCACGCCUGGUACGUCGAGGACAGGUCAAGGAUAUCCCAUCACACCUGGUGCCGGAGGAUAUGGAGGUCAAAAUCAAGGAUUAGUGGCUGGAUUGAAACGAUAG